AUUGUUGUAUGCUCACUUUCAGAGAAAAAAUACUUCGAAAUCUCCUUGAAGGAGAAAAUGUUGGAGCCCUUGUUCAAACACCCCAAGAUGGCAGGCAAGGUACCAAGAAACUAAAACAUGUGCUCUCAAAGCGUGAAGGGACUGCAAGAGAAACCAGAAAACGGUGUGUCAGCUGCUACAGCAAAAUGAAGGAAGAAAGGGGGGCCAAAGCAGCAAGGACUAAAUUAGUUGUCAUCACGGCCGACAAUGACAAUAUUGCUAGUGAGGAUAAUCAAGCGCUGAUUGACACAGACUCUAGUGGCGACAGUACAGUGACACUGAUGACGUCAUAG